AGUACAUAAGAGAGCGUUGCGACGAAGAGAUCCGCACGUACAGAUAGAGUUUAAGGAAAUAUUAAACUAAAAAAAGUUUGUUAAACAAUGGAAUUCCGCAUCAUAUUUAGCCUUUUGUGCCUUGUCUUAAUGACUGACAUAUCAACUGCAGAUCCGACAGUGACAGUAGCUCAAGGGAUACUCGUGGGUAAAACGGUCAACUUCACAGAAGAGGACUAUAUCGGCGUUGAUAAAAGCUUUGAUGUUUAUCUGGGAGUACCGUUUGCCGACCCACCCCGUCGCUUCAAGCCACCAGUCGCCAAACAACCAUGGGAUGGACCUCUUACCGUGAAAGAGUUUAAAGACGCCUGUUCCCAGACUUCUCCUCCUCCCUCUUACGCUGGUCCAUUGUCCGAGGAUUGUCUUUAUCUCAAUGUUUAUUCGCCAAGCCCAAAGGAUGCCGAAGCACCUGGUAAUCUUGGUAUGUUGGAUCAGGUAGCAGCCCUACAGUGGAUAUACGACAACGUUGAAGCUUUCGGAGGAGAUAAGGACAGAAUUACUAUAUCUGGAGAGAGUGCCGGUGCAGCGUCAGUACAUUACCUCACACUCUCUAAACGAAGUCGUCAUUUAUUCAAUCAAGCCAUCAUCCAGAGUGGAACAACAUCCUUUGAUUCCAGACCGGCGGAGAUAGAAGUACAAGAUGCCAGGAAUCUCGGGGAGGCCUUGGAUUGUUCCACGUCGCCGUCUUCUGCCUUGGUCGCAUGUUUGGAAACUAAGACUCCUGACGAGAUUCUAAACGCUUCUUUACCGGCGUAUUCAUCAUGCCCCAUUUCUGUGGACGGAAACUUCCUUGAGGACAAACCAAUCAAUCUUUAUGAGCAAAAUGACUUCAAGAGGUGCCCUGUACUGACUGGUGUCAGCAAAGAUGACGGAACUCUCUUUCUUCGAUUCCUCUUUGCCAGUAGUCUUCAUCUACCACGACCAACACUUAAUAGUACAGGCUUAGAAGAAUUAAUUAGAGGAUUGAUGGCCCCAUAUGGCGUCACUGAUGAUAUCUUGAUCGCUGCGAUUCUUCAGCAAUACACGGACUGGUCCAUUGUCGAGAACCCUUCUGCCGAUCUGAUGCCAUCUUUCAUAGAGUUUGCUGGAGAUCACCGAUUUGCCUGUCCUUCAGAUCAGUUUGUUAGGUACCAUGCUGGUGUGGGGGACACUGUCUUCAAAUACUUUCUGACGCAUGAGCCGUCACGUUCUCGUCUAGGUUUACCAGAUUGGUUUGGAGCUGGUCACGCGGAAGAAAUUACGUUUGUCUUUGGAUUGCCAUUCAUUGAACAUCUUCCUUUAAGAGGUUUAGACCAGAUGACGGACGAAGAAAAGAAGUUGUCGGUCAAGAUGAUGAAGUUAUGGACCAACUUUGCUAAAUUUGGGGAUCCAACAUCUGGAGCUGACCCUAGUGAAGGGUUGGGCACCUGGCCAUCCUUCACUGUACCAGAGCUCUCUUACAAGGAGAUAUCCCUGGAUCUUGGUGUAGGAAGAGCAUUGAAGGCCAAUCAGUGUAACUUCUGGAAUGACUAUUUCCCAAAACUCCAGGAUGAUAUUGCUUCGAUGGAUCAAGGUUUAUUGGACUGGCGGAGUGAGUUUACCAGGUGGCAAGGUGAAAUGUCUGACUGGCAACGUGAAUAUGACCAAUACAAGAAAACUCCACGGUGCAACUAAUCCCGUUCUAUGUGAUAUGCUCAAUUUUUGAAAACUCACACAAACUAUAUAGGCCUAUACAUUGCAACUCAAUUUUGACUGAUUAUUCUCAAAUAAGUCACGCAGUUGACCUGUAGUACAAUAUUUAUUAUGAAUAGAAGACCCGGAUUUUAAUUUCAUAGAGAAAGUCAGCUGAAACUAAACAAAUAUUUAAGGUAUGCAUCUUUAUGAAAGUGGAAUUACAUUGAUAGCUAGUUCUAGUUUAUUAAAAGAAGUGUCACUGUUUCAUGCUAAACAUAUUAUAGUGACCACUCAAUGAAUAAUCAUGAAUGUAUAGAGAUAUACGAAUUGUAUUGUAUCUGUAACUGACAAAAAGCCUUACGUUUCAGAAAACUUAUUGUUAAAAAUAACAAAAAAAACGCGAAAACUUCGACACAUAAUUAUUUUGAAUAUGAUAUUGUUUUAAAAUGUAACUUUCUUCUUUCCAAUCCAAUCCAAUCCAAUUCAAAGGUAAUUUGAUAUAGCGCCUUUUCCUUUCGGUUGCAAAGCGAUGUGCACACACUUCUCCACUAUCUUUUUAAACGAUACAGGCUGAACUUAACACUUUUAAACUCAGUAAAAAUACAGACGACAUUAAGAUUUAAUAGAUGAAUUUAUCAAUGUGUUCUAUUGUAUUAUUUUUUCCUCAAUUUUGCAUGGAAAUUUAGUUUUAGAUCGAAUGACCGAUCGAAACAAAUUUCCAAGAGGUCAUCCUUCCCCCUUUGGGACCCGGGUUCGACUUCCGGCAGAAACAUUAUUUUUCGGCCUUAUCAAACUUUUCAUAAAGGUAGAGCCUUGAUUAAAUCUACGCCUUCCAUUAUUGUCGAUCCCCAUUCACGUAGGACUAUUGCAUUAUUAUCACUUGUCAUAACAAUCUAUACAUAAGCUUGUAUAAACGUUGACGAAUAAUGGCGUUUUCUUAAAGUUACCAAAAGGGGGUGAACUGUUUUUGAUAGAACUUUAUUGAUACUCUGUAUGAUUUGAUGUUUUCAUAUAUCAUGCAAAUGUUUUCAAUGGCCCGUAUUCUGAAGUCGGGUUUAACUUAAACUCAGGUUUAAAGUUGUGGUUUAAGUAUGGCGAGCCAAUUGUUACAUAAAUCACUAACAGUAGAGAUAUCAUACUUCAGCUCAUUUGGCUCUCAAAUCAUUCAUAAUUGUCUAGGAAGUAUAAAUAGAUGAUUGUGUCCACCAUCGAUGUAUCACGAAAGAGCACAGUAAACAUAAGAAACAUACAACUUAAUAACAAAUUUGAUACUUUUGGCUUCCCAUACUUACACCACAACUUUUAAACCUGAGUUUAACUUAAACCCGACUUCAGAAUACGGGCCCAUGUGUAUAACAAUAAGAUUUAUUUAGCUGGUGUUGUUCUAGUUGACUUUUCGAUCACAUCUCUUUUUUCACUACUUCUUCACCAUCACUUCAUAUCUUACAAAUUUAAAGACACACAAAAUAAUAUCAAUUGCAUGUUGUAGAAGGAAUUCUUGAAGAUACGCUUACACAUGUACAGGGUGAAAGGGGGCGCUAUACCGCCACUCGUCUAGGUGCCAUGUAUUGGCCUUUGAGAGGAUACUGGCCUUUUAUGAUAUUUUUAUGAUAUGACAUUUAUGAUAUUUUAAAGUUUCUCUUUAUUUCACAAAACAGUAUAAAGGGAACCGAUAACCCACUCACUAUGAAUUAUGAAAUAUUAUUUUUUCCUCAUUGUUAUGUGAAACAAAGUUUAAUUUCUCUCCGCUUAAUUACCAUCGAUUUAACCUGUGGUUUAAUCAAUAUGGUCGUUUAUCCUUUAUCAAAUCUGUAACAAUAAUGUAUAAUUCAAACAAUAAAACACAAAAGAAAUAGUAAGUGACUGACAUCACCGCCUCUCAUUUUUACUUGUCAAUGAGUUGCGCGUAAAUCAUGGCACAUAAAUUUAAGAAAUAAGCGAAACUUCAACAAUGACAUAACUUUCUAUUUUACGUUCGGUUUAUUAAGCGUUAUGAUUGUUUAUUUGUUUUCUCAGCUAUCUAGGAUAGACUUGACCUUAAAUACAAAAUUGACCUUUCUUUAAAGGACAAGUCCACUCCAACAAAAAGCUGAUUUGAAUAAAAAGAGAAAAAUCCAACAAGCAUAAUCGGAUGUAAAAUAAGAAAGUUAUGACAUUUUAAAUUUUCGCUUAAUUAAAAAAAACAGUUAUAUGCACAUCAUGGCUGGUAUGCAAAUGAGGAAAGUAUGACAUCAUCCACUCACUAUUUCUUUUGUAUUUUAUUAUGUCAAAUAUGAAAUAUUCUGAUUUUCUCCUCGAUGGCAAAUGAUACAAUUAUUAAUUCCUCCCUGAACAUGUGGGAUUAUCAUUGUUUAAUAUUAUAUUUUUCAGUCAUGUUGCUCCUUAUUGUCAAAUGUAUAAAAAUGAAACUAAUUCAAACAAUAAAAAACAAAAGAAAUAGUGAGUGAUGGACAUCAUCGACUGUUGUGCAUAUCACUGUUUUGUGAAAAAAGCGAAAUUUUAAAAUGUCAUAACUUUCUUAUUUUACAUCCGAUUUUGAUGAAAUUUUCAGCACUAUGCUAGUUUGAUUUUUCUCUAUUUAUUCAAGUCAGCAUUUUCCUGGGAUGGACUUGACCUUUAAAUACCAACUCAUUUUAUAACUACAUAAAACAGUAGUAAUAAUAAUAAUAAUGUAGAGUAUUUCUAAAGCGCCAAAUCCAAGGCGCUGAAAAUAUACUUGGUAUAUUAUUAUUACCCCGGCUGUAUAGCUAAGCGGCCAUAUAGGCACUAAAGCAUUCAAAGAAUAAAUCCUACCGUCAGGGUGACCAGACGUCCCGUAUUUCCCGGGAUCGUCCCUUAUUUUGCUCCUUUGUCCCGGCGUCCCAACAAACCCUUCCCGGGACGCCUAUUUGUCCCGUAUUUCAGAAUUUUGAACAAAAUAUAGUUAAAACAUUUGAUUUUGACGUAUUUUCAUCAAAUAACCAACAGAUGACGAAGCAGAGACAACAAUAAAAAUCGAUAACUG